GAGCGUCCUGCCCUCGCCUCCCAGCCAAGGUUUCAACAGACCUCACGAAAAUGCCAUCUCAAAUGGAACACGCCCUGGAAACUAUGAUGUUUACGUUUCACAAAUUUGCCGGGGAUAAAGGCUACUUAACAAAGGAGGACCUGAGAGUAUUCAUGGAGAAGGAGUUCCCCGGAUUUUUGGAAAAUCAAAAAGACCCUCUUGCUGUGGACAAAAUAAUGAAGGAUCUGGACCAGUGUCGAGAUGGCAAAGUGGGCUUCCAAGGCUUCUUGUCGCUAAUUGCUGGGCUUGGCAUCACAUGCAAUGACUAUUUUGUAGUACACAUGAAACAGAAGGGAAAGAAGUAGGCAGAAUUGAGGAAUUAAUUCCCCCCACCCUCAUAAAAAUUAUCCCAAGAGUCGCUUAAGGAAUCUGCCCUACAGCUUCCGUCUGCAUAAGAAUUUCAUAACAGAUCGGGGUCCUUAGAAAAUGUACAAAUAAAAUCCAACUCCCGUUUG